AUGACAGAAGAUCUUCCGCUACCCAAACUCUCAUAUGAUGCUGCCACAGGGUCCUUUACCCAGGGUGCCCCGCGGAAACGCGUACGUCUUAGCAGCCCUCCCGUUUCCAGUGAUCCGCUGUUCUCCGACGACUUUGAUGAGCCAUCAGUAGACAACUAUACACAGGAACGGAGGAAGAGGAAGUUCCGUGGACCAUGGUUUUCGCAGAAGCCGGAACCAGAAGCAGAAUCACAGGAAAUAACUGAAACCGAGCCCAAGAGGACGAAGAGACCGUUCGAGAGACAAUUCGAUAGCGGCGUGUUUAUGGGAAGUGAUGGGACAGAUAUGGACGAGGCGAUGGAGGCUGGAAUCGCUGAGACACCAUUUUCGUUGCCCGAGAGACUGGCUGGCCAGAGCCUGGCCGCGAGGAAACAGGAUGGAGAGGAAGACGCCAGGAGGCAGGUUGAGCUGUGCUUAGAAGAAGGGAACGAGCACAUUGAUUUAUCAUCAAUUUCUUUGAAAACACUAUCUAAUGCCACAAUAAGACCCCUGGCAACGUUCACACGUAUCGCACGCGGAGUUGUCGACGGCUCGCACAAACUCGAGCCGAAACUCAAGCUAUUUCUGUCUUCAAAUAAUCUGACAACACUUCCCGGGGAGCUUUUCAAUCUCGAGCGUCUUGUCGCCUUGACCGUACGCAAUAACGAGCUUGGCGAACUGCCCCCAGGGAUCGGUAAGCUCAAGAAUCUACACGAGCUCAACCUCUCGCAAAAUGGCCUUCGAUAUCUCCCAUAUGAAAUUCUGGAUCUUCUCAAAUAUGACUGCGACUUGAACACUCUCAUUCUCCACCCGAAUUGCUUCUAUGAACCACAGCUUCCAAAUACGAGGGCUCCAGACGUGGAGGAACAUCUACAAAAAAAGAUUGGUCUUGGGAACCGUGUACGGAAGCACCCGCUCCAAAGUACUGCUGUAUAUGUCACACAAUUUCUCGGGACACACUGGAACAAAAAUUGGAAGGCCGAAUUCCGAGCACGUACCGAUAUCAGAUACCUGGAUAUCACAGGCAAGCUCCUCAAAGGUCCCAUCCUCCCUAACAGCGAAGAUGAAACUUCGCAAUCUGUCACACACUCAAUCCCUAUCGCGGACAUCGAAGACGUUCCCAGACCACCAAUAUCUCGCGGCAGCGAACCCUCCCGCGCUCCAUCCCUCAUCGAAGUCUCUCUCGCUGCCUGCUCCAAAACACCACAGCUCCCUUACCUCAAAGAUUUUCUCCCGGAAGACAGUCCACCAUACCUGCACAAUCUCCUAGCCGAUGCUGCCGCGAAGAAGGAGUCUGGUGGCAGUCAAUGCACUGUUUGCAAGCGCAACUUUGUGCUGGCGCGCACGGAAUGGAUUGAGUGGUGGAAAAUUUCGAAGCUGGAAUUUAAAGAAUUUUCGGCGCCGGGUGAGGCGUUGAGGGGGGUGGAGAAUGAUAGAGAUGUCGUGGAGAGUAUGGUGCCGCUGAUGCGGAGGGGCUGUAGCUGGCUUUGCGUGCCGGAGAAGUUGGUGGAACGGGAGCCGCAUGAGGAUGCGGUGCUGGAAGAUGUGAUUUCGUGA